AUGCGCGCCUCCGUCCUCAUCCUCGGCUUCCUCGCCAGCGUCUCCUACGCCCUCCCAAGCGCCCAACAAGUCUGCGUCGGAGUAAGACCCCCAAUCAAACAAUCAACCAUGAACGGCGGUACUAAUGCGCAACAGCGAGGUGGAUUUUGCGAUACCGGCGCCAGCCUUGGCGAUUCCAGUGCCUGCUGCUCUAGCUUGUCCUGCGACGCGAAGAAUGGCACUGCCACCUGCGUUUAA